AUGGAAGCGGUGAAUGCACUGAAUAAACUUUCGACGCGAGUGUCGAAUACACAUUUAGAGAAUAUUUUGUCGAAUGAAAGCAGUGCACUGCGUGCGGUAUCGUUCAGUUUAUUCGGUGAAUUAGGUCAGCGUGUCGGUGGUUGUGAUGCGUACAGGGAGCAGCUGCUUAUCAAUAUUGUUUCAAUUGUGUUACAUUUAAAUGACGAAGAAGAACAAAUGUGUGCGCGGUGCUUGCUUUCAGUGAGCGUAUUAUUAAAUUCGGACACUUUAUCAUCAUUGAUUCGGCGCGAUUUGAAAUCAAAUGAACAGUGCCAUGAUUAUCAUCAGUUUUUGAAAGAAUUUAGCGUUUCACUGUUUGCAUAA